CAGGAUUUUGCCUAGUUAUAUAGAGGAAAAAAGGGGACCGGAGGUUCACUUCGAGAGAUCGGAGUUCAAGCCAUCGAGAGUCACCUGUAUUUGGUUUGUUCAAUAAAAAAUAAAAAUAAACUUUAUUGUUUAAAUGUCUAGUAAUAAAAUUCAAUAAAAAUAGACUUUAUUGUCAAAGUGAAAUGGCAAAAAUUAAAAUCGCAAAUAACAAAUAUUAUAAAUACCUAUUUCAGGAUCAAAUCGCAAAAAUUUGCACCCGCAUUAAAAACCAGUUACACGGUAUGUAAUAUGAAAAUGGGACCAGAAUAACUCUUUCAAACAUAUUUGAACAUUGAUUUAGGAUUAUGUUUUUAUUUAAGAGAGGACAGGGAAUAUCCGUAUGUGGCAGCGAUUGAUAUUGGAACCACGUUCUCGGGAUAUGCUUUCUCUAGUCGCACAGAUUUCCUCGAUGAUCCACUUAAAGUAUCCUCACCCCUCUGGCUAGCAGCUAAUUAUAUAUUACAAAAGACGUCAACAUUUAUCCUAUAUGAUCCAGAUGAUAAUUUCAAUUCCUUUGGAUCUCGGGCUGAGAACAAAUAUAUCGAGCUAUUGGAACAAGAACCAGAAGAAGCAGUGAACUGGAAGGCCUUUUACAAUUUCAAGAUGAAGUUGUAUGAGAAAAAUGUUACUUUGGAAAACACAGAACUUCUUUUAGAAGAUGAUCAAGAUCGAAAGAAACCGGCUUUGAUAGUGUUUGCGGAUUGUAUUCGCUCUCUGAAAGAGAACCUAUUCAAUAAACUUCAGGAACAAGGAGUAAACAUUUCGACAGAUCAAGUCCGAUUUAUCUUGACAGUUCCUGCAAUAUGGGAUGACGAAUCGCGUGGUUUUAUGAUAAAUGCAGCCAAUGAGGCUGGAAUUCAGAAAAAACAUCUCCUGCUCUCUUUGGAACCAGAAGCAGCAGCUGUUCUCUGUAAAGAACACCAUGUGGAUGAAUAUCAUAAAUCCGGAUGCCAAGACCUCAUCAAUUUUGACUUUUGUUCCGAGUUUGUUGUAGCUGACUUAGGAGGUGGAACCAUUGACAUCACUACAAACAAGAUUUUGCCUUGUGGAAGUCUGAAAGAGAUAAAGAGCGCCAGAGGAGGUGACUAUGGUGGCUCCAUGGUCGAUAGAGGAUUCUUUGAUUUUUUAAAAGAUUGCAUUGGUAGCAAUUAUGAUGACUUUAUUAGGGAACAUCUGCCUGAAUUCCAUGGCCUGAGACAUGAUUUAGAAAUAAAAAAGAGGCAAACGGGAGAGGUUACUCAGAAAUGUGUAAGCCUUACAAUAGCACCCGCCUUUGAACAAAAGAUUGACAGAUCCAAAAUGAAAGAACACAACGACCGUAUACAAAUUAGAUUUGGAAAAUUGAUGAUUCCGGUCGAGUAUUUUCAAUCCUUUUUCAGGAAACCAAUAGAGGGUAUUUUGAGAUGUCUCGAGGAGGCUGUCACAGAUGAAAUAAAAUCCAUUCUCCUUGUUGGUGGAUUUGCAAAUUCUAAACUAAUUUACCAAGCUGUGAAAGAAAAGUUUCCAAGUAAACAUGUCUAUUGUCCACCUGAUGCCGACCUUUCUGUCCUGAAAGGGGCUGUUAUCUACGGACACAACCCUGAUCUUGUAGCUAGUAGAAUAUGCAGAGUCUGGCUAGGCGUAAUCCCAAAUGAAGAUUUUUCACCUGUGAAAAAGAAAGAUUUCAAAAACAAUUUUUACGCGCUCACACAAAAAGGUCAGCCAAUAACGAUAGACGCCAGAAAUUAUCAUCGUUUUAUCGUGGACGAGAACUGCGACAAGGAAACUUUCCGUUUAACAGUUUUCUCUUCAGAGAGCGAUUGCUUGCCAACUUCAACCUCGGAAGAUUUACAUCACGUUAUUCAUUUUGAUCUACACUUACCAGAACUCAAAGGAGCAGGGAAAAGGAUGAUAGAGUUAGCAAUAAAAUUAAAGGGAACCCAAUUCGAUUUCAAGGCAAGAGUUAAAACCAGAAGCUCUUGGGUGUAACUAUGUAUUCCCUCUGUAACCCCUAAUCUGAAUGAGUCAAUAAUCAAUACUAUCACCUACAUGUAUAUAACAGAAAUUAUUAAGAAAACUAUAAUAUUAUUCAUAUAAAAUAUUCAGUGUAAAAUUUGGUGAUUUAAGUUGGGCAUCGUGACCUUAAUCAUCUACAAAAGGGAUUUUCCAUUUUUAAGUGUGGAAGAACAAUUGUAUGUCAUGUAAAAUCAUAAACCUAUGACUUGAAAAAACUGAAGUGCAAUACGUUGUACAAAUCGGAUCGGAUCCCGCCAGAUGAGGUGACUAUUGGUACCAUGAUUGAUAAGGAAUUUCUAUAAUUUUAUAAAAGAAGAUUGUAUUGGUAGCGAUAUCGAUUAUUACGACUUUAAGAGGGGAAAUCUCUCCGAAUUCAAUGAACUAAGACAAGCUUUAAAAAUAAAAAAAAAUAGGCAAACAGAACGUACGCCUUACUUUAUCACCCAAUUUGGCACACAAAAAAAAUGAUGAAUCGAAAAUGAGGAAGCACAACUACCAUAUAAAAUUCAGUCACGGAAAAUUGCAGAUGCCGAUCGAGUAUUUCUAUUACUUUUUCAAAAAUCCAGUACAAGGUAUAUUGAAAUGCCUCGAAGAAGUUGUCACAGUUGAAAUUCGAUCCAUUCUACUUGUUGGUGGAUUUGCAAAUUCUAAACUAAUUUACCGAGCUGUGAAAGAAAAGUUUCCAAGCAAACAUGUCUAUUGCCCACCCGACACCAAUCUUUCUGUUUUGAAAGG